AUGGAUGUGAGUGGCAGAAUCCCGAGAAGGACACUCAUUCUUACGGGUCUGGCCACAAGUGUUUCAUUGCAGGGAUGCUCAACCAUGAUCCCUACGCACGAGACAGGUUACUGGCAGAAUAUGACCAGCUACUUGGAGAACUACAAGUUUGAAACGCCUGGACUCGAAACGACGCAGCUGAAUCCGUGUGCACUGGACAUUCCCAGAUAUCUCCAGUGCAGCGGCCACGGUGAGUGCAAAGCGUGGACGCAAGAUCCGACGCGAGACGAUCUGCCGAAGGCGGGUGCCGAUGCCCCCAGGUUCUGUUAUUGCGCAGAAGGCUGGGCUGAUCCGAACUGCGAGACGCCCAGAAAGUCACAGCGAGUGGCGUUUCUGCUCUCCCUCUUCGGGGGUGUCCUAGGCCUGGACCAGCUGUAUCUGGGUUUCUUCUUCCCCUACGGUCUUCUCAAGCUUCUAUCCCUGGGCGGCCUUGGCAUCUGGUGGAUCUACGACUUAGUGCGGAUCGGCACCAGCCCGGUCGAUACAGCACGCAGCUUCAAGGUGGCCAGAAAUGUGCCGCACUGGGCGUUUGUACUGUCCGCGACGAUUUUCUUUGUCGCCCUGGCUUUCGUCUACAGUGCUUUCUCCAUUCGCCGACAUCGGGUGCGAAAGCAGAGGGAGGUCAUGCUGCUUCAAUCAGAGGGUGCUGCAAUCGAGUCGCGACGACAAUACUCAGGCUAUGGCUCAACGCUGAGCUGA